GCCUGCAUCGCUGCAUGAUAACAAAAUGGAUACUCGCGAAAAAGCCUCGUCCUCGUCGUGACGCUGAUCUCACACCGUGCUUUCAAUACCGGCAUUUGAAAGGAAAAACAUCUGAAUAACGCGCUGCGGCAGAAACAUAAUAUCUUGUGAUAAAAGUCUAACCUUGACAAGAAAAACAUAAAACCUAUAGUGUGUGUGUGUGUGUGUGUGUGUGUGAUAUAUAUACGGAUACCGGAGGUAUCCGUAAUCGACUGAGUUGUCGGUGGUAGAUUGUAGAAGUUUGCGAAAAUCUACGGCGCAUGCGCGGGACUCGACGCGCCUUUUUUUCGCCUAUAUUCAGUUUUUGCGAUUUAAGUUCAGAUUGUGCAAAGAAGCACCGAAUUUUGCAUAUGAUUGAACCAAUCUGUUUGUUAUUAUCUUGAGGACACUUGGAAGGAUUACCGGACAUCUGGAGGACUCGUACACGGCGCAUAGAGAGAAUGCGAAUCCCAAGAAUCAGCGUGAACUAACACUCUCCGCGCGAUCCAGCCGCAGAAAAGCGUCGUGCAAACUCGCGGAACUGUUGCAUCAACCUACGAAAGAGUCUCUCCCACAUCGCUCGCACGCACAGGGAACAACGAGCCUCAUCAAUGGGCCGUCCCAUGCUGCUUAAUGUCCUCGUGUCCCAGUUGACGCCAGGGAAAACCAGACACGAUGAUCAUCCGGCAUUUGGCGUCUCAGGGUUGCUGCUGAGCGACGGCUGGAUUCUCAGCCAUGGCUCGCUACUGUCGCCAAAUUUUCUCGAGGCGAGGCCACAUGACAUCCGCGACUUCCUUCUCGCCGUGCAGAAGGAAUUCGAGAGGGAUGUUGUCGCCGUGCCACAAGCUGUUGCGGAAAUCAUGAGGUUCAGGAUGCAAUAUAAAGAAAGAGACGGCGAUGGAGAGCCAAUAAGAUCAGCAAAGAGAAUCGUAGAAAAAGAUUGCUCGUUGAGGGUUGUGUGGCGAUGCCCGUUGUUGCGUCGAACUUUCAACGAUCUGCUGUUCUCUUGGAGUUUCGAGAAAAUCGCCAAAUUCGACAAGUCAGUUCUGUCCAUUUUCCUUCUGCUGAGGGUGGACGGAAACUCGAAAUCGUGGGAGGACGAUACGGCCGAGGGUAGACGAGUUUUGAACGAAUUCUACACGAAGCAUUUCGGGCCACCGGCUUCGUUGGAACUGACGCGAGGAGCGUCGGUGGAGAUCGAUUCAGCGCCUUUCGGGAACGCCGUGUUCCUGGACUCGCUGUCGAGGGGUAUCGUGAGCAAUACUUUGGGCGAAGAGGACUGCGUUAUUUUGACCGAUGCCAAUGCUGUGCCCGGAUGCGAGGGCGCGCCCGUUUACCUCGUCGACGAUAAGUCUCCGGGCCGUCGGCAUCGGCGAAUUUGCGGCUUGGUGAUCGCGCCUUUGAGCUGGUGCCGCGGCGAGUGGGUCGACUACACGUUCGCCGCAAAUUUACAGGCCUGUCUGAGGAAAAUACUGAGGGCGCCGGACAAAGACUACAUCGCCGACGCGCUAACGAGCCCCGGAGCUUCACAUGUUCUGAUGCCAGAUCUACUCGACAAAAGCGUAAUCGUUGUAAAGUGCGGUUCGGGUUGGGGUACCGGUGUCGUCGUCGACGUGCCCACCGGCACUGUUCUCACCUGUUCUCACGUGGUUCGAGAGGCGCCAGGAAGGAGGAUAAAGGUGAUCUUGGGUGACAAGCAGGACUGGGCCCGUUUGGUCUACAAAACACGCGAUGGCCAGCCAUUCGACGUUGCGGUGCUGAGGCUAGAGGGGGAGCACGAAAACUUGAGAGCGUUGCCUCUGGCCUCUGAGAUGCCGGAACGAGGGGCAUCGGUACUCACGGCAGGCUAUCCCUUCUUCUCGUCGUCGCCAGCGAGCUACGGUCGCGGAGUCGUCUCCCGCCUGACGCCCUGUAUGAUCCAGACUACCUGUUGCGUUCAGAGCGGCGCCAGUGGCGGACCCGUCAUCUGCUGCACCAGUGGCCGGAUGUUGGGCCUCAUCGUGUCCAACGCCGUCUCCACUGCCAGCGAACACGCGGCCACAGCUCUCUAUCCCAGGUUCAACAUGGCUGUACCCGCGACUGUCAUUCGGAAGCCCAUUCUCGAGUAUGUCGGGACUGGAGACGUAAGGUGCCUGGAAAGUCUCUCAAGCAGUGAUCCCGCGGUUCAGAGUACUUGGAACUUUUAUCUGACUCCGCGAGCAAAGAUGUGAGGCAUUAGUGUGUAUCUAUAUAGGUAUAUAUGAAUGAUCAGGGAAAACGGCUCUUGCUUUUUGUAUACAAGAGGCGACGCUGCUUAUCAAUGAUGGUGUAUAUAAAACACACUUUUUACAAGCUAAAGUGAAUAUGAUGAAGAUAACAAAAAAUGAAGAGACGUACGAACAGUAAUAUGGAAAAAAAACCUCGACUGGCUAAUUGGCAUUAUUAUGGUAAUAAAAGCGAAAUUGUCUGCUGACAAAAGCAAUAAUAGACACCUUCAUCUUUAUUCAAAGAGCUGAUGACGUUCUCCGCGCGGAAAUGGACUACAAGAUACUACUGGAGGAGAAAACAUUGCCAGCUAACCCGAUAUGACAUCUUGAUGUAACGUAGUAAAUCUUGAAAAGUUACUAAAAGGUUUUAAGGAUUUUGUUAACGAAUGAUAGCGCAUUGGAUGACAAUGUAUAGGUGCAUAAAGAGGACUCGAGGAAGGCUUAUUAUUUAUUAUUAUUAUUAUUAUUAUUUUCUUUUUUUUCAUUACGAUUACGCAGUUGUUAUGUAGCUUCAAGAGGAGUAAGGUAUCAACAAUUUUAAGAAUAAAAAAAUAAUUCCAAAAUCGUUUGUAAUGAUGUGUUACGUUUCGUUUUUUAUUUUCUUCCAAGACAACCAUCCUACAAAAAUAGAAAAUUAUAUAUACUUGUAUGAUUUUUUUCUGGAAACUAAUCGCUGAAAAGUAAUUGAUUCGCUUGAUAAUCAUCGCAAGCAGAAAAUUUGACCAACACAAUAUUAUAUGCUUGGCAUGUUUUUUUUUUCAUUCUUCGAUAUACGAACAUUUUUUUCUCGAGAAUGUUGGAAUAAAUAAUGGUAAAAUUAUAGCAGUAUACUUACAAAAUAAAAAAUCAGAAAAUACUUCACUCACUCAUUUUUCGCAGUAUCACUUAGUAUUUUGCUUGGCUUUUUUCAAUUUAACUCGCUAUUCUCAUCCAGAUUUAUUGACAUCAAAGGUAAUUGAUUUUUUGCAAGAUGUUACGUCAGUUGUCCAAAGAACUACGAACAAUCGUUUGCAAUUGACCAUUUUUCUUAAACAAACUUUUUUUUUACACUUGCUUAUUAAAAUCGUAAAAUCAAUUCAAUGGAUGAAGCAUUUUUCUUCGAAAGUAAAUACAUACCUUAAUUACACAAUCAUUCCAUCACACCAAAUGAAGGCUAGUACGGUCCAAAUUAUUGACGAAGACUAGCCGAUUUCAUUCUCGGCUGCGAAGACUAGCACAUUUCACAUCUUCGCCGAAAAAAUUAGCAUAUUUCACGAAAACGCUAGCGGUUUAAGUUUUUCGGGGCUUUAAGUUUAAAAAAUUGAUAAAAUUUGUAAACGCCAAAGCAAUGAGACAGUAUACAAAUUAUUAGAUUAUAAUAAGUUCUCAUACUACAAAUCGUCGCUCCCUAAAUCAAAUUUUUAAGCGAAAACUAGCAACAGCUCAGAUUUCCCACAAAAACAAGCAUAACUAAGAUUUUUUCUCGCUAAAAAGAUGCCUUAAUCUGAGUUGUGCUAGUCUUCGCGAGAAACUGUGUUAGUCUUCGUAGGAAGCAACGAAAUAAUGUUAGUUUGUACGUGAAACGUUCUAGUCUUCGCGACGAGAAUUGAACUACGUUAGUCUUCAGUUCUUCAGUGCGAAUAAUGAAAUGAGCUACUCUUCAUAAGAAGCGACGGUUUCAUACGUAUAAAUGACAUUCUUACAUGUUUUACGAGAAUCAUUGCCGCAAAUUCAGUCUUUCUUUCGGCAAUACAAAAAACUUGGAAUAACGACAAUAACAUGACGAAUAAGCGCAAUUUCGACAUAAAGAAGUUUUUAAGUCACUUGAGUAAGAAAAUGUUAUCACGUACGAUAAUUAUUUACAUAAUCAUGAAAUAAUUUGUUCAGCAUUCACGAUAAAGUUAAAGUAAGAAAAGAAACUGAUUUGCAUUAAUGGGACAUCUUGAUACGAGUUUAGUUAAUGCGUUACUGGCGCAUAUUUUUAUGUAUAUACAUAGUUACGGUAUCUCAGUAUUAUUUUAGUAUGACUUUAAAUUUUAAAUGUUUUAGCACUAUAACGCAGUUAAUCAAGUCCUAGGGACUUAAGUCAUGGAACCUUAUCUCUCGAUUUAGUUGUUCUUAUACAAAAUUCGUUUUUAAACGUGCUCCUUCAAGUUAUACAUACAUACAUAUACAUAUAAUUUCUUGUAGGAAAAUCGUCAUACGAAAUUUGCUUUCCGCAUGAUAAAUGUUAAUGAAAUAUUCAAAUAUUCUUAUAAAUUUGAGCUCUGUUAUCAAAUAGUUGUGGCGGACCAUUGAAUUAUUAAGUCCAAAAUGAAAGAAUUUCGCACGAGAAAAAUCAAACGCGUCAUGGGACGGAGUCAAAUACGAGCUUUUAACUUGGAGAACAAUUGUUUGGCAAGCGAUUUCAUACGAAAUUAAUUGGUCUAGAUAUACCAAUGAAUGCACAUAUACAGAUUUUAUGUUCGUCACUGGCCUUUGAUGUGCGUUCAAAGGUACAGUUAUCAUACAACAUUAUUUAGUGAUUUGGCUACAUCAACAUUUCUAAAGCAAAUCUAUACACAAUAACGUACUUUUCGACGUUUUCUUAAUGGCUACUAAAUUAAAACUAAAUCAAGUGAACUAUUUUCUGCAAUAGCUUCUUUUCUUUUCUCAUCAAUCGAAUUUACGCAGAAGAUACAAAUAAAUAAAUAAAAGGACAAAAAAAAAA